AAUACCGAUACAGUGUUAAGAAGAAUGUCAGUAAGAGACAACACUUUAUUUUUCCGUGUAUCCGGUUAUAAAUUUCGAAAGAAACUCGUCAAAUUUUCACGAAUCAAGACUUCAGUAGUAAAUAAAUUUUGAAAUAUGUUUCGCCUUUUUGCGGUAGUGACGGUGCUCUUUAUAACGACUGACGCGCAAUUGCAGAGGAUUCCAUUGUACAAGAUGGAUUACAUUCGACAAUCUUUGGAAGCAGUUGACACCAAGUUGGAAGAAACUUUUUUGUUAAGUGACGAUUUUCCUUCAGAAAAUUUGACCAAUUACAAAAACAUAAUUUAUUAUGGCAUUAUUAGAAUUGGAACACCGCAGCAAGAAUUUAAAGUGAUGUUUGAUACUGGUUCCGCAGAUCUUUGGGUUUUGUCCAAAAAGUGCACAUUCCCUAUUUAUUGACAUAAUCAAUACGAUAGUGCAAGAUCCGAGACAUAUAAUAAUAUAGGAAAUAAUCGUCUUCUUCGUUUUGAAUAUGGCUCUUACGAUGUAGAAGGAUACUUAGCUGCUGAUAAAGUGAAUGU